UAAUUCCCAUCGCCAUGGAGGCCUCCCACCAGCUCCUCCAGCCAAACGACAGCUUCUCCUACGCAUGGCUCAUCGACGUCAAGUCCUCCUCCUCGGCUGCGGCCGCGGCAGCCGUCGUCGUCGGCGAUAGCCGACGAUCGCAUGACGACGGCGCCGGCUCCUUCAUCGAGAUCGAUCCCGAUGGCUUCUUCUCCAUGCGUUGGUCGACGUCGAACGACGGCUUCGACUUCGACUUCAGCCUCCCGCCGCCUCAGUGCUCCGACCAAGUCCACGCCGACCAAAUCUUCUCCGGCGGACACCUCCUCCCGCUCCUCGACCGCCAGCGGCCGUUCGCCGGCGCCGUUACCCCUUCCGCUCGUCGCCUCACCGAGUCUCAGUCCGUCAACUCGGACCGAUUCGACUCGCCGAGGCGGAUCUGCGCGGGGAGUAGCACGCCGGGUCCGGCGAAGAGCUCGUCGUCGGCGAAGAAGACGGCGCGCAAGUAUUUCUGCUUCCUGACGCCGUUGUACAAGAUGGUGAAGGAUUUGAUGCUGGUCGCUUCUUCUUCCUCCUCCUCUUUCACUUCUUCUUUCUCCUCCUCCUCCUCCUCCUCUUCUUCCUUCAAGUCCGCGAGCACCAGCAAGGACUCGGCGAGGAGUUCCCCGAGGUCGAGCAAUGCGAUGUCGAGCGCGGACUUGUGCCGUGGCAGCAAUGCUGAUAUCUCCGUUAACGACGCCAUUCUUCACUGCAAAAAGUCGAUUGGACGAGGCAUGUGAUGGAGGGUUCCACGAUAACAGAUUUCUCGGAUCCAAGACGACGCCUGUUCCUUUUUUUUUUGGAUAUAUUAAGAUUGGGAUUUAGGAACGAUAUACAUAGAUUUUAUCAUUCCACGCCUGAAAAGGGGUUCAAUAAUUAUAUUCAUACAUUAAUAUGACAGAUUUUGCAAACGAAUUCCAACAUUUGUUAAUGAUGAAAGUUGGAAGUUAGAGUUUGAUUAAGCCAUUCGCUGUAAAAUUGUGCAAAUAAAUUCAGAGAUUCAUCCAA